AUCAUGUCUGGUAGAGGCAAGGGCGGGAAGGGGCUCGGCAAGGGGGGCGCCAAGCGCCACCGUAAGGUGCUGCGCGACAACAUCCAGGGCAUCACCAAGCCGGCCAUCCGCCGCCUGGCUCGGCGCGGCGGCGUGAAGCGCAUCUCGGGCCUCAUCUACGAGGAGACGCGCGGCGUGCUGAAGGUCUUCCUGGAGAACGUGAUCCGCGACGCUGUCACUUACACGGAGCACGCUAAGAGGAAGACGGUUACAGCCAUGGACGUGGUCUACGCCCUCAAGCGCCAGGGACGCACCCUCUAUGGCUUUGGCGGCUAA